CGUAUUCCGCCUGAAAAUUCGUGCGGCCCACGGAACAGACUGGACACCUUCCCUUCCAUUCCAUUUCCCUCUCUCGUCGCUCCUACCAGGGCAGGUAAAAGCUGCAGCAACCAUUCGUACAGCGACACCGCUACUCUCUCUCUCCCACUCUUUCUCUCUCUCUGCGUGGGGACUGCUGGAGAGUUGAAUUUUCAAUCGCGCCCGCAUAUUUAAAGAAAGCUUCCAACACACAAAAAAAAAUAUGCGGAGAUCAGUAAUUGGAGGUGCCAAACGUACUACUACUACUUGUCUCUUCCUUCUUAAUCACGCUCAUCAUCGCUCUCUCCUUCCUCCUCUGCACCACCGUCUUGAUUCUUCUUCUUCUUCUUCUUCUUCCUCCGCCACCGCCCUCCUCCUCCUUCUCCGGCGACUCUCCUCCUCCUCCGCCGCUUCUUCCCCCUCUCCUCCCAACAUGCCGAACCCCGUUUCCGUCCAAUCCAUCAACCCCAAGGUCUUGAAAUGUGAAUACGCGGUUCGUGGAGAGAUUGUCAUCCUCGCUCAGCGCCUGCAAGAAGAGUUGAAGGCUAAACCUGGUUCCCUUCCUUUUGAUGAGAUUCUCUAUUGCAACAUUGGAAACCCUCAGUCUCUUGGUCAGCUCCCUAUAACCUUCUUCCGAGAGGUUCUUGCGCUCUGUGAUCAUCCUGCGAUUUUGGACAAAGCUGAAGCACAGGGCCUGUUCAGGUUUACCAUUUCUAAUGCCUUGUCUGAUUCUUGCUUGUCUUAUGCCAGUGCUGAUUCCAUAAAGCGAGCACGGCAGAUUCUUGACCAAAUUCCUGGGAGAGCAACUGGAGCAUAUAGUCAUAGUCAGGGAAUCAAAGGAUUACGUGAUACGAUUACUGCUGGUAUUGAAGCUCGUGAUGGAUUUCCUGCUAAUCCAAAUGAUCUGUUUCUCACAGAUGGUGCUAGUCCAGCUGUACACAUGAUGAUGCAAUUAUUGAUAGGCUCCGAAAAAGAUGGACUUCUAUGUCCCAUUCCUCAGUACCCUUUGUACUCUGCUUCCAUUGCUCUCCAUGGUGGUAGUCUGGUCCCUUACUAUCUUGACGAAGAAACUGGCUGGGGCUUGGAAGUUUCUGAACUUAAGAAGCAAUUAAAGGAAGCUAGGUCAAAGGGUAUCACUGUUAAGGCUCUGGUUGUUAUAAAUCCAGGCAACCCAACUGGACAGGUUCUCGCGGAGGAAAACCAGCGGGCUAUUGUGGAGUUCUGCAAGCAAGAGGGUCUUGUUCUUUUAGCAGAUGAGGUUUAUCAGGAAAAUGUCUAUGUUCCUGAGAAGAAAUUUCACUCAUUUAAGAAGGUUGCCCGAUCUAUGGGCUAUGGUGAUAAUGAUUUGUGUCUAGUAUCUUUCCAGUCUGUCUCUAAAGGGUACCAUGGAGAGUGUGGAAAGAGAGGAGGCUACAUGGAGGUCACGGGUUUUAGUCCGGAAGUCAGAGAGCAGAUAUACAAAUUGGCGUCUGUGAAUCUCUGCUCUAAUAUUUCAGGCCAAAUCCUUGCAAGUCUUGUUAUGAGCCCGCCCAAGGCAUUUAUUCUCUCCCUUUCCCUCUCUCUCUUUGUGAAUGAUUUCUUACUUAAGGUUGGAGAUGAAUCUUAUGAAUCAUAUUCUGCCGAGAAAGACGGAAUUCUUAAAUCUCUGGCUAGGCGUGCCAAGACACUGGAAGAUGCAUUCAAGAGUUUAGAGGGAAUAACAUGCAACAAAGCAGAGGGAGCAAUGUAUCUUUUCCCCUGCAUCAAGUUGCCUGAAAAGGCAAUCAAAGCUGCAGAAGCUGCGAAGACUGCCCCCGAUCUAUUUUAUUGUCGUCGUCUCCUCAAUGCUACUGGAGUGGUUGUGGUCCCUGGUUCUGGCUUUGGUCAGGUUCCCGGGACGUGGCACUUCAGAUGUACCAUUUUGCCGCAGGAGGACAAGAUUCCGGCCAUUGUCUCGCGCUUGACAGCCUUCCACAAGAGCUUCAUGGAUGAGUACCGUAAUUAGAGAGAGGAUUGUUGUACUUAUCAUCUGGACCUCAGAAGGAAGUAGCAGAAUAAUAAGAUUGUACUCGCUUCGAUUUUCCCAAUGUUGCGAGUUUUCUUUUCUCCAGAUUUUAGACAACUGAAUAAGUGGCAGCUGCCUUCACUUGGAGGGUAUGAUUGAUGUAUAGCUUAAAGGAUCCAUUGGUCAUAUAUUGCGCUCAAUUUUGGGUUUUGAAACGAAUAGCUUAUGGCUAGCUUAAAGUUUGCUGUCUUUGUGUACGUGCUGUUAAAAUGAAACAUGAAUGAUGACCUUCCUUAUGGCAAACUGACGAUGGCUAC